UAUCUACAGUGAGUACUGUUCAAUAGAGGUCUGUGUACCUAAAAAUGCAAAAUAAAAAAUUGACAAAAAAUCUAUGGUCACUUAAAUGAGGUUUUAGUUUUACCUAGUUUUUUGCAAAUUUUUUCUCGUGUGAAUUAAUGUUGAUUAAACUGUUUUCAACUAAUUAGCUCUCGUUAGGUCUUAAUAUUUUAAAAUUAUUUUUGGAAGAGACACUGAUAGGAUUUGCACAAUGGCUAAUGUGUCUUACCAUAUAGCACAUCUUCUUGAGAAGAUGACAUCCAAUGAUAAAGACUUCAGGUUUAUGGCUACUAAUGAUUUGAUGACAGAGUUGCAAAAAGACAGUAUCAAGCUCGACGAUGAUUCUGAAAGAAAAGUAGUAAAAAUGCUUCUACGAUUACUCGAAGACAAGAAUGGUGAAGUUCAGAAUUUAGCUGUGAAAUGCCUCGGUCCUCUUGUAAACAAAGUAAAGGAGUAUCAGGUGGAAGGUAUAGUUGAUACACUUUGUGCCAAUAUGCUUUCGGAUACUGAGCAGCUAAGGGACAUCAGCAGCAUUGGAUUAAAGACUGUAAUUUCUGAACUCCCACUGGGUUCCAAUACUCUUGCUGCUAAUGUUUGUAAGAAAAUAACUGGUAAAUUGAGUAGUGCUAUAGAAAAGCAAGAAGAUGUUUCAGUUCAACUUGAAGCACUUGAUAUUCUUGCUGAUUUAUUGAGCAGAUUUGGUGGUUUAUUGAUAUCAUUUCAUCCUAUGCUGCUCAAUUCACUGUUGCCGCAGCUUGCAUCUCCCCGUCAGGCUGUUCGCAAGCGCACCAUAGUUGCGUUGUCACAUUUGGUCAUGUCUUGCAAUGCUUCGCUUUAUAACAAGUUAAUAGACCAUCUACUGGAGGGUCUGAGCUCUUCAACUUCAUCAAGUGUCAGCCGAACACACAUACAGUGCAUUGCUUCUAUAUGUCGUCAAGCUGGACACCGAUUUGGUGAACAAUUGUGGCGUGUGGCACCAUCAGUUUUGGAAUAUUCAAAAGAUACAGAUGAAGAAUUACGGGAACAUUGCUUGCAGGCUCUUGAAGCAUUUGUCCUCAAGUGUCCUAAAGAAGUCCAACCACAUAUACCUACGAUAAUUGAUCUAUGCCUGAAGAUGAUAACAUAUGAUCCAAAUUACAACUAUGAGGAUGAAGAGGGAGUGUGUGAUGAUGACGAAGAAAUGGAAGAUGACACAUACUCACCUGAUGCGGAUCCUGAAUCUGACUCAGAAGAGUAUUCGGAUGAUGAUGACAUGUCCUGGAAAGUGAGACGUGCUGCAGCUAAAUGUCUUGAAUCUGUGAUAGCUACGCGUCACGAGCUCUUAGCCGAGAUGUACCAUACAGUUUCGCCAGCUUUGAUUGCUAGAUUUAAAGAACGCGAGGAAAAUGUGAAGUGUGAUAUAUUGAGCGCCUACACAGCUUUACUGAGAGCAACUCGACCUCCACCAGCCUUACAAAUCUCUGGGACCCCGGCUGAUAACUCACCACAGGCUUUACUAAUUCAAACGGUGAGCAGCAUAGUGCGGGGCGCUCUGCGUGUGAUACGCGGGCGCAGCGUGAGGGCGCGCGGCUGCGCACUGUCGCUGCUACGGGAGCUGCUCGCUGCGGCGCCGGGCUGUCUGUCCGACCACGUGGCGCGGGUGGUGCGCGCUCUCACACCGGCUCUCCUGGACAAGACCACAGCAUCAUCGAUGAAGAUCGAGACGUUAGUGUUCAUUGGUUGCCUGGUGCGCGGGCAGGGCGCCGGUAUGCGAGAGCACGCGGCGGCGCUGCUGCCGGCCGUGCUGGCAAGCGUGCACGACCCCUUCUACAAAGUUACUGCUGAGGCUCUUAGGGUGCUUCAGCUUCUGGUCAAGAUUAUGCGGCCUCUGGACAAUAUAGAAGGCGCCGAUGGUGAAGUAGAAGUUGCAGUUGAGCCUCCUCCGGAAGAGUUGAAACAGUUUAUACCUGCAAUGUACGAGUGCAAUCUAGUGAGACUGCGGGCCACAGAUAUGGACCAGGAAGUAAAAGAACGAGCUAUAGCUGCUUGCGGACAGCUCUUGUGUCAUUUUGGAGAUUAUUUACAGAACGAGCUCCCUGUGUGUCUUCCAAUAUUUUUAGAGCGACUUCGAAACGAAAUAACUCGCCUCACUACCGUUAAAGCUUUGACAAAAGUAGCAUCGUCACCGUUGAGGAUCGAUCUCACUCCUAUUUUGUCUGAUGCUGUACCUAUUCUCGGGUCGUUCUUAAGAAAAAAUCAAAGAGCAUUGAAAUUGUCAACACUGGUCCUUCUAGACACUCUGGUACAGAAUUAUAGUCAUGCCAUCAGCAUUGAACUUUUGAGCAAGGUGCUGAUGGAGGUGCCGGCCUUGGUGUGCGAGCAGGACCUGCACUGCGCGCAGACGGCUCUGGCGCUGGUGCGGUCCGCCUGCCUGCGCUGUCCCGCCGCCCUCACCGCGGACGCGCGCUACGCCCUCACCCCCAAAAUACUCGCGCUCGCCAAGUCGCCGCUACUCCAAGGCGGCGCUCUCAAAGCAAUGUUGGGCGUCCUGAGUGCUCUGGUGUCGGCCGACGUGGCGGGCUGUUCGCGCCGCGAGCUGCUUGCCUUGUUGGUGAUGCCCGUGCGUCGCUUGCAAGAGCACAACGCUACCGCACACCAUAUCAAACAGGCGUUCCAUUCAUUGUCGAAAUGCGUGGCGGCCGUGGUGGUGGAGGGGGGGCCGGAAGCGGGCGAGGCGGUGCGAGGCUUCCUGCGCGACGCCGCACACCCGCCCUCCGACGCGCACCACAUGUUCUCGCUGCUCGCCCUCGCUGAGAUCGGACGACAUCUAGAUCUGAGUUCGGUUCCGAAUUUGAAGGAAGUACUGCUCAAUUCUUUCACGCCGUCUUCGGAAGAAGUGAAGUCCGCUGCUAGUUACGCCCUCGGCUCCGUUGCAGUGGGUAACCUUCCAGAAUUCUUGCCCUUCAUCCUGGGUGAGAUCGAGGCUCAGCCCAAACGCCAGUACCUCCUGCUUCAUUCGCUAAGAGAGAUCAUCUCAUCAGAGUCAUGUACUCCGGAAGGCGUGGAAGCUUUACGACCCUUUAUACCACAGAUUUGGGUACAAUUAUCUAAACAUUGUCAGUGUGCUGAAGAAGGAUCUCGGAAUGUAGUAGCCGAAUGCUUGGGUAAAUUGUGUCUCCUUGAACCAGAGGAAUUGUUGCCACAUCUAAAAGAAUUCUUGAAGUCACCGGAGCCUUUGACUAGAACAACGGCCGUUACUGCUGUUAAGUUUACUAUAUCUGAUCAGCCGCAAGCCAUAGACGGGUUGCUGCGCGGCUGCAUGUGCGAGCUGCUGGUGCCGCUGCGGGACGCGGAGCUGGGCGUUCGGCGCGUGGCGCUCGUCGCCUUCAACUCGGCCGCGCACAACAAGCCCUCGCUCGUCCGCGACCUGCUGCCGCAAGUGCUGCCCACCAUCUACGCUGAAACCAAAGUCAAGAAAGAACUGAUUCGUGAAGUGGAGAUGGGUCCGUUCAAGCACUCGGUGGACGACGGUCUCGAUCUUCGUAAGGCGGCCUUCGAGUGCAUGUACACGUUGCUGGGCACGUGCCUGGACCGCCUCGACGUGUUCGAGUUCCUGCGCCACGUGGAGGACGGGCUCCGCGACCACUACGACAUCAAGAUGCUGACGUACCUCAUGUGUGCUCGCCUGGCGCAGCUGUGUCCGGCCGUCGUGCUGCAGAGGUUAGAAAGUCUAGUGGAGCCGUUGAGAGCGACGUGUACAAUGAAAGUCAAAGCUAAUUCCGUGAAACAAGAAUAUGAGAAACAAGAUGAAUUGAAACGGUCCGCCCUCCGCGCUACCGCUGCCUUGAUGCAGAUUCCAGAAGCAGAUAAAAAUCCUCAUCUUAUGGACUUCGUGACUCAAAUUCGAUCACUGCCCGAGCUUCAGCCGAUCUUCGAGUCUAUCCUGAAGGAUUCGAGCGGGGCGGCCGGCCUGGACUCGAACCUCAUGGACCAAAGCUAGCCAAGCACCUCACAAACGUCUCUCCGGGACUCACCGCAGUCCUGCCAGGCCAACGUGAACUUAAUGGAGAAAUUACGUGAUAUUCAGUUGGAAUGACUACACUUAAAAAUCAUAAAAAUCUAAAUGUGUUUUAAACUAACAUGAACAGUGCAAUAAUAUUUUGCUUCUCUCAAAGUGCUGGUAAGAUUAUUACGGUGUUUUCAAAUUUUGCAUUUAUGCAUCGAAGUUUUUAGGUAAAUAUCUAUUUGUUUUAUCGUGUUUUCUUUUAAACGUGCACGAGUAUGAAUAAAUUGUAAUAGAUAUUUUUUUUUGUAAGCAUAUAAAUAAGUUUCACUCAAAUAAGUUGUAAAAUUAUCGAGUGUAAUAACUAAGAAAUGUAGUUUAAUUCAACAGAUUUAUUACGAAAUUACAAGAAAAUAUCUUAAACACUGCUAUGUUUCAAAGAGAACUUAUGAUAAUACAACAUAAUCUCAAUGCUCAUUAAACUUAGGGACUAAAGACUCCGGGAAUAAGACGUCACUUCACAUUACACUGUGACGGAGUGGGCGGCCAAUUUGUAUAACUAUCGAAACUGCGCUAUCGAUUCGAAUCGAUAACUUACAUUGUCUGAAAAUUAUAUUCGAAUGAUUGCUAAAUACUUAAUCGAUACCUCUCGAUGUUUGGUGACGUAAUGUUGGAACAGAUCUUGUUGACAAGUAAAUGAUUGUGUUAUAUA